AUGGAAGUAUUACUCAAAGAACCAUCUGAACAUUCUCAUGUACCUGAUCCAGAUCGACUGCACCUCAUUCGACUUAAAAAUGAAAUUAAAAGUCGUGGUGCAUCAUCAGAUGAAGGAGCUAGUACGAUACUAUUUGAUGUAUUACGGACAAUUCCAUUAACUAUAAAUACUGAUUUACCUACAAAUGACGCAUUGUUGCAAACGAUUCGAUUUAACGACCAGCAAUGCAACUUGAUCAUAAUGGUCGUUUACCUUUAAUAUUACGACAAACUGAUCGAGGAGAAAGUUUUAUUCUAUAUGAAGAUGAUUCUAUGGUAAUAUUCACAUGUGAUAAGGACUUAUCAGUUUUAAAGCAGUUAAAUUUAUUAAAAUAAACUUUAUCUCAUAUUGCUAUACUGAGAAUGAAUAGUUACAAUAUGGGACGAAAUGUAAGGAGACAAAAUAAAAUUGUGACGAAUUGUAAGGGGGCAAAUUGAAAAGGGACGAAAUGUAAUUGGGACAAAAUGUAAUAGGGACGAAAUGUAAGGGGACGAAAUCUAAUGGGACGAAAUGUAAUUGGGACGAAUUGAAUGGGACGAAAAGUAACGGGAUGAAAAGUAGGGGACGAAGUGUAGGGGUACCGAUCAGAGAUGAGUGAUCAAGAGUUCGAAGAUACGUAUAUUAGCACUAAAAUUUAUAAGAAAAAAGGAAAGAAAAAAUAUUUCCGAAAUUAUUUAGUUUUUCCCCCAUUCUUUCAGCACAUUUUAGUAUUAUUUUAUGUAGGUUCUAUUGCUUUUAUCAUUCGUUCGUCUAAUGAUUCCGCAUAAUGUUCCUCAAUACUCUGAGAUGGAGGAAUGUGUACAUAAAUGAAAGCUAAAAAUAUAUUCCGUUCUGGUUUCUCUUAUUAUUUUUGGAUUAUUUUCAGCAGUUCUGUCGAUAGAUUUCAUGUUUCAUUGUCACUUUCUUCUUAUCGAUUUUCAUCGCAACUAUUCUUCUUCAUACUAUUUAGUCUCAUUAUAUUCAGAACUUUUUUCUAAUUAUUCAUCAGUAUUGUCUCUAAACUAAUAAUAGAUAUAAAUUAUAAAAUAGACUGCUUGCAAAGCCUCAGACAAAGAAACAUAAUACACCGAAUAUACAGUGAAACAAAAAGAUACAAUAGCCCAAAUCAUUUCUGACAGGCCACGCGAAGUAGGCGUAAUUAACGCAAACGUACAAUGACAUAAGAAAAUAAAAAAACUACGAUUUACAACAUAGAUAUGACACAGAAAUAAUGAAUUAUUAUUGCAUCACUGUGAUUUACAUAAAGCACAACAAGGAAUUAGUAAAAUAUGUUUCCAUGUUUUUUUUUAGAAUUAUAAAGGGUGUUCCGGAAGUUCUGAAACGAUUUUAAAAUUUAUCGUUCUCGCAUUCAACAAAUGCAAACUUUUUGAAACUUUGACAUAUUAUUGCACAUAUGUAGAGGCACAUAACUACAAAGUUUGAGAUCUAUCGGUUCUACUGUAGAGGAGAACCUGUAGCAACACUGUGAUGUACUAUUUUUAACAUUUUCCUGUAUUCCCGGUCUACCAAAAUAUCUAUAUUUCGGCUUACGUAGAUGAUAAAAUCUUGAAUUUUUUUUUAAAAGAUGAGCCGUAAAAAGCUCUACAAAAAUUGUAAUAACAAAUCCCUAUUGACUUGUGUUAAUGGUUUCUGCCAUACUCAAAAUGAAAAACCUACAUGAUGGUACUACUUCUCACCAUAUUGUGCGUAAUAAAAAAUGUUUGAAGGAACUUUUUGUUUUGCAUGUAUCUCAGCUUGAAAAAAUGGUAAAAUCUUGAUUUCUUUUUCAAAAGAUGCACCGUCGAAAGCUCUACAAAAGCUAUAUAAACAAAUUCCUAUUGGAAAGCAGAAAGGUCUUCCAAACCUUUUUUUAUUACGCAUAAUAUGGUGAGAAGUAGUACUACCAUGCAGGUUUUUCAUUUUGAGUAUGGCAGAAACCAUUAACACAAAGUCAAUAGGGAUUUGUUAUUGCACUUUUUGUAGAGCUUUUCACGACGCAUCUUUUAAAGAAAAAUUCAAGAUUUUAUCAUUUACCUAAGCCAAGAUAUAGACGAAAUAAAAAAAUGUUGCACACCUCGAAGAUGACCAGGAAAAUUUAAAAAAUAGUACAUGUCAGUGUUGUUACAGUUUCUCAUCCAUAGUACAACCUAUAGAUCUCAAACAUUGUAGUUAUGUAGUACUAUAUAUGUACAACAAUCUACCAAAGUUUCAACAAAUUUGCUUUUGCAGAAUGCGAGAACGAUGAAUUUUAAAAUCGUUUCAGAACUUCCGAAGCACUCCUUAUAUCGAUACGUACUCAAUAGUCAUCAGUUCGAUGACUCCUCGAAUUUGCCACGAACCAUUAGUUCUUAUAUUGUUUUUCCGCGUAUAAAACCUCAAACUAUUCAAAUAAAUACAUUCUCGAUUUAUUCACGAAAUAAUUGAUUAAUACUGUGUUAGAAGAGUAAAACAUUGCUUUAUUCGAACUUUUGUGACGAAAACUUUUAUAACCUCCUCAUGAAAUUUUUCAAUGGGGAAUAUACCAAAAGAUGCGCCGUGGAAAGGGCUACAACAUAUCAAAAAUUCAGCCUGGGAUCUCUUACUUUGAUAUGAUAUUCACCCAUAACACGGAAACCUGACGACUGAAAUUGUAACUUGUUUUUUUCAAACUUUAUUCUAUUCUCAAGAAAAAUUACAUUCAAAAGAUAAUAGAAAUAGACUUUUUUGUAGAGAAUUUCAGUCUCUAUCAUUUGAGAUGUUUCGCGCCUCAAACCGCCAAACGAUGGAAGAGAAAUUUGUAAAAUACGAUCAGGAUUAAAAAAAACUCGAUUUUUAGCAUAUGGUCCGAGAAGUCGAAAAAAUGGGGGUACCUGCUAUUUUCUUAUAGACAAGUCAAAAUGAGUUGAUAUUUUGGUUUUCCGAGUAACUUUUUAUGGGCUUUCAAAUGAGAAUAUCAAAGUCAAAAUCUAAAUUUUUUCGGCAGCCA